CUUCUAUAAUUUUACUCUCUCAACUGAAUGCAAAAGAUAUUAUGUAGAGAUGAUUGACAAUUCAGUUUAUUCCAUAUUAGAAUUGUCUUCUGCACCCCAAGACCAGAAUGACCAGAGACAGAAGCAAAAAGCUUUUUUUUCCAGGUCCUCUCUCUUUUGCUAUGUGGCAAUAGCUUUUGGGCUUCUGAAUGGCGUUCUUGUGAGCCUGAUAAUAUCCCAAUGGAUUCUGUGCCAAAGUUCCAAGCACUCCACCUGUGCCAGCUGUCCUAGCUGCCCAGACCUCUGGAUGCGGUAUGGUGACCAUUGUUAUUAUUUCUCGCUGGAGGAAAAGGACUGGAAUUCAAGUCUGGAAUUCUGCUUAGCCAAAGACUCACAUCUCCUUAUGUUGAAAGACAACCAGGAAAUGAACCUGCUCAAAAAUUUCCUCAAUAAGAGCUUUUACUGGAUUGGUCUGAGAAAUAGUUCUGGCUGGAGGUGGGAAGAUGGGUCAGCUCUAAACUUUUCAAGGGUCCUUUCCAACAGCUUGGUCCAGAAGUGUGGCGCCAUGAAUGAAGAUGGUCUCCAAGCCUCUAGCUGUGAAGUGCUUUUGCGCUGGCUCUGUAAGAAGAGUUUAGGAAAUGGACUGUAUCUUAUCCACCAUUGUAUCCCAAACAUCUAAAAUAGUGCUCUUAUCAAUGAAUAUUAAAUAAAUAAAUGGAUGAAUUAGAAUAAGAAUUUAAAAAUUCUUAUUCUAGUUGUUUUUGUUAACCUGCACGUUAAUUUGAAGGAUUAAGGGCAAGAAACACAGUUUAACCCUAGCCCCACCCAUGUGCACAUCAAUAGCUGACUCUAAGGGGCCUCUUUGAUCUGGAUACAAGGCUCACAGACGGUUGUAGUGGAA